AUGGAGCAGGCAGCAAGGCAGAAAGGAGCAGGCAGCAGGCAUAAAGGAGCAGGCAGCAGGCAGAAAGGAGCAGGUAGAAAGCAGCAGGCAGCAGGCAGAAAGGAGCAGGGAGCAGGCAGCAGGCAGAAAGGAGCAGGCAGCAGGCAACAGGCAGCAAGCAGCAGGCAGAAAGGAGCAGGGAGCAGGCAGCAGGCAGAAAGGAGCAGAGAGCAGGCAGCAAGCAGAAAGGAGCAGGCAGCAGGCAGAAAGGAGCAGGGAGCAGGCAGCAGGCAGAAAGGAGCAGGCAGAAAGGAGCAGGGAGAAGGCAGCAGACAACAGGCCGCAGGCAGCAGGCAGCAGGCAGAAAGGAGCAGGAAGCAGGCAGCAGGCAGAAAGGAGCAGGCAGCAAGCAGAAAGGAGCAGGCAGCAAGCAGAAAGGAGCAGGCAACAGGCAGCAGGCAGAAAGGAGCAGGCAACAGGCAGCAGGCAGAAAAGAGCAAGGAGCAGGCAGCAAGGCAGAAAGGAGCAGGCAGAAAGGAGCAGGCAGCAAGCAGCAGGCAACAGGCAGCAGGCAGAAAGGAGCAAGGAGCAGGCAGCAAGGCAGAAAGGAGCAAGCAGCAGGCAGAAAUGAGCAGGCAGCAGGCAGAAAGGAGAAGGCAGCAGGCAGAAACGAGUAGGCUGCAAGCAGAAAGGAGCAGGCAGCAAGCAGAAAGGAGCAGGGAGCAGGCAGCAGGCAGAAAGGAGCAGGCAGCAGGCAGAAAGGAGCAGGAAGCAGGCAGCAAGCAGCAGGCAACAGGCAGAAAGGAGCAGGGAGCAGGCAGCAGGCAGAAAGGAGCAGGGAGCAGGCAGCAAGCAGCAGGCAACAGACAGCAGGCAGAAGGAGCAGGGAGCAGGCAGAAAGGAGCAGGCAGAAAGGAGCAUGCAGCAUGGAGCAGGCAGCAAGGCAGAAAGGAGCAGGUAGCAGGCAUAAAGGAGCAGGCAGCAGGCAGGUAG